GCCGCCGCUCCAUCCCUACCCCGGGCCACGCAUCCAGGCCGCCAGGAUGGACAUGUUCAUGAAGGGCCUGUCCAUGGCCAAGGAGGGCGUCGUGGCCGCUGCCGAGAAAACCAAGCAGGGGGUCACCGAGGCCGCAGAGAAGACCAAGGAGGGCGUCCUCUACGUCGGAAGCAAGACCCGAGAGGGGGUGGUACAAGGUGUUGCCUCAGUGGCUGAGAAAACCAAGGAGCAGGCGUCACAUCUGGGCGGGGCCGUGUUCUCUGGGGCUGGGAACAUUGCAGCAGCCACGGGCCUGGUGAAGAAGGAGGAAUUCCCCACUGAUCUGAAGCCAGAGGAAGUGGCCCAGGAAGCUGCUGAGGAGCCACUGAUCGAGCCCCUGAUGGAGCCAGAAGGGGAAAGUUACAAGGAAUUACCCCAGGAGGAGUAUCAGGAGUAUGAGCCAGAGGCGUAAGGGCCCAGGACGGCCCCCCACCAGCAGCACAAUCCCUACCCUGUCCCCUACCCCACCCCCCAGAGCCAGGGCUGUCCUUCUGUCCCUUCCCCCCAAACACGAGAUCUUCCUUCCGCUCCGAGGCGCCCGCUCGGAGCCUGUGUUCGUGUCUGUCCGUCCGUCUGUCCUACCUGCCCGCGUCCACCCCUGGGGCGAGGACAGGCCGGGUCUGCGGCCGCUGCUGGGAGCCUUGUCCCCACCAGUGUUGCCCCCUUCCUGCCCCCUCCCGUCCAGUGUCCGCGCG